UUUAUUUGCACUUAUACAAUUAUAUAUUUAUAAAUAAAUAUAUAUCUAUAUAAUUUAAUUCAUAGAUAUAUAAUUAAUCAAUUUAUAUUAAUCUAUAGUCUUUGUAAUAUUUACCAUUACAUUUAUAAUAUUUGUAGUAUUAUAUAUUAAUAUUUUAUACUUAUAUAUGUAAGUAUAUUAAAUUUUACACUUAUUUCACUUUAAAAGAAUUUUAAAGAAAAAUUAAAUUUAAAUUGCUUAUACAGCAGUGAUACCAAUUAUGAAAGUAGAAAAAAAUAUUCCAAAGAGCGUAAACAUGGCCUCGCGGUAUAAUCACGCUAUUCAGCGAGUUUUAGCAAAAUUAGAAGCAUCUAUAAAUUCGGAAAAUUAUUAUGAAGCUCAUCAAAUGUAUAGAACUUUAUACUUCAGAUAUCUUGGACAGAAAAAGUAUUCGGAACUUUUGGAAUUACUAUACAAUGGUUCUACACUUUUAUUACAGCACGAACAACAUGCAAGUGGAGCUGAUUUAGGAAUUUUAUUUGUAAAUGUUUUAACACAAUCAGGAACAGAACCUUCUCAAGAUUAUUUUGAAAAAAUUACAAACUUGUUUAGUAUAAUGAGUCCUUUAUCACCUGAAAGAGAUGUUUUUGUACAAUCUGCUCUUCGAUGGAGUAUAAAGAAUACAGAUUAUAAAAUAGGUCAUCCAGAUUUGCAUCAAAAAAUAGCACAAGUAUUUUGGAGAGAAAAAAAUUAUGUAAUGGCAAGACAACAUUUCAUAUAUAGUCGAGAUGGUUCUGGAUGUGCUGCAAUGCUUGUUGAACUUCAUGAACAACGUGGUUACAAAAAUGAAAUAGAUCUUUUUAUAGCCCAGGCAGUCUUGCAAUAUCUCUGUUUACAAAAUAAAACAACUGCACAAGAAGUUUUCAAUUCUUAUACUUCACAACAUCCGAAAAUAAACAGAGGUCCACCAUAUCUUCUACCUUUAUUGAAUUUUUUAUUUUUUUUAUUAAAAAUAGUUGAUAGUGGUAAACUUACUGUAUUCACAGUACUUUGUGAACAAUAUCGAAUAUCUUUAAAUAGAGAUCCAUGUUAUCGACAGUACUUAGAUAAAAUAGGACAAUUAUUUUUUAAUGUUCCAUCCCCACGUCCUCGCAAUCAAGGAUUAUUUGGUACACUUUUACAAUCUUUUUUUAAUGGUCUUGAAGAUGAAGGUUCAGAUGAUGAACAAAGAAAUAUUGCUUCAACUUCUCAAACAGCACAAGAACUUGAUUGAUUAAAAGUUACACGUCACUGUGCAAUGUGAUGAAAAUAAAUUUAUUUAAAAUAAAAAUAUGUGGGAUGCAUUUCUAGAGGAAUUUUUCAAAGUUAUAAGUUAGGAUUCAUCAAAAAAUGAACCUGCAUAGAGACAAAACUUUCAUGAAAAAUAGUAACUCAUAUGUGUCUUUUUUUCAUUCAUCGGUCUGUUUUAAUAUUAUAUUUAAAGAUUAUUUGAUAUAUUGAAACUGGGAUAAAACUUUUGAAUCAUACAUAUAGAAUCCUAUUAAAAUUACUGUGAAAUUUAAAAGCAAUCAUGAACUUUGAAUAAAAUUCUUGUACUAAUAAUAAUUUGCAUAUAAUAAUGUAUGUUUAAAAAAAACAUGUAUUUGAGUAUAACUGCUGAAAUGAAGAUUUAUUUUAUAUAAAUUUAAUCAUAUGACAAAUAAACGUGACAUAACAUUUAUAGCUACAGAAAAGAAUGCUUAAUGAAAUUACUUGUUGCUGAAAUACUAAAUAAAUGGAGUGAAUCAUACGUAAGUAAUUAUCAUAGCAGCAAGUAAAAUAUUUAUUUAUUAAACUUUAUAUUAGUAUAAUUUAUAUCAUUUAAAAAUUUUAG